AUGAUAACAUCUACAUUAUGUAGCACAAAAGACGGAAUUGUAUACCAUGACUGUAGAUGCAUAUUACACUGCGAAAUUCAUCAUGUUCUCGUGCGGUUAUCCAGACGAUUGAUUAGGAUCCAUUCCAACAGGAGAAGCUUUCAAGAGGAUUUGCUGGAGUCAAGUUCAUUAGUAAGAUUUGACUUAAAGAAUGAAAUGCUUCUGUUAAUACCUACUUUCCUCCAACAAGAGGACGCAAUUCACAAAUUCAACAACUCUGCACAAAUUUUUGCAUCCUUUGAGCAAAAAGACAAGCAUUAUGUUUCGUUGUUACUAGAACAGCUGACAAAAAGAGACUAUUCUAUGGCUUGCAUCCCAAGGAAAUAUGCUUCUCAAAGAUAUUUUUUCCACUUGAAUAAAAAUCAGUUUUGCACAUAG